UUCAAACGUAAACAUUACACCUUUGUCCGAGGAGGAUAGCGAUGAGUAAUCUCAAUCUUUUAUUCGCAGUGUAAAAUUCAAUGGUUAUAAACUAGGGAUGUUACAAGAAAAUCAGAUUUAAAAAGGUUGUGUUUUUUUUUUAGUUUAACAUCAAAAAAUAAUCCCGUUCAAAGUAUAUUUCGCCACUCGUUUCCGUGUAAAUUGAAUUUGAAACAGAGGUAAUUUAACAUGCAAUGUGACGUGAUAACUACACUAAGAUUGCAAGAGUCAUUCUUAAAAAAGAACUUUUUGUUUGUUACUAAAGACACUUUAAGUGAUCUGAACUUUGUUCUCAGUGAUGUUAUAUCAUUUUACUCGAAAAAGAACUUUUCUAUAAUUCUAGUGAACGUCGCGCAAUCAAACAGUCAUUACAAUCAUUUACUUCUAAAAUCUGGUAUGAAUAUGCGUUCCUUGCGUGAUAAAGGUAAAAUUAAAGUUAUUGAUGUUUUUUCAGAAGCUGAAAAAAUAUUGUGUGAUUCUGAAAAUGAGAAAUGUAGUUUCUUCCAAAAUUUCAAUCACGGGAAUGGUGAUACAAAUUCUUUGAAAUGUUUAUAUAUUUCUAUUAAGGAAGCAUUUGAAGAGCUAUGCCACAAAGAAGAAUCAAAUUGCAUUGUAGUCAUCGAUGAAAUCAGCAUGUUGAUGAAUGUUGGAUUGAAUAUGAGAUCUCUUCAACCUUUUAUUCAAUGUUGCUAUUCCUUGUGUGUUAAAAAUGUGACUCCAAAGUGUACGUUUUUAAUCGGCUCUAUAUGUGAUGUUUUUGACGAAGAAAAUUCACUCUUGGUUAGUUAUUUACACCACCUAGCUGAUGUCCGAAUUCAAGUUGAGGGUUUGAAGACUGGGUACAGCCAACAAGUCGAUGGCAAAAUUACCUUGGAAGAGGAGGAUAAAGCGAGUGGCACAUCCAGUCAUAAGGAAUAUUUAUUUAAAGUGGCUGAUAAAGGUGCUCAACUGAUGACAUUAGGUUUGUAAGGCCUAAAGAAGUGUUUCACACAUCAUUUUCAGCUGUAAUUAUGCAAAGAAUAAAAGGUGCUU